UGGUUAUAAUUAGAGCAGCAGCCUGUCCAGAGGGCUACACCAGCCACUGCGAGCACAGCUGGAUCUGCCAACCACAUGCACAGGAGUUUGAGAGGCUGCUCUGGCCUUGAAAACAGAUCCUUCUUUAAAGGAUUUUCAUUCUUCCUCAAGGGAAUGAAAACCCAUUGAUAUAAAACCCCACUUGCCUUCCGGCUUCCCCUGCUAACUGCCCCUUCAGCAGACAGUGUUGAUAAAUACAGGGGAAAGGAAAAAAUCGUAAGCUGAGCCUGGUCACAUUGCCCCUUGUGAUAUAGUUUUAUUUUUAACUUUGAAACACUUGAACUAUUUCUGUUGAAGUUGUUUCUCCUUUCCCUACCUCCUCUGCUGCAGCUGAUGCACAGCCAGCCAUCUUCGGCAAUCUACUUGCUCACAACCGAGGGACGCAGGUGCUGCAGAUGCUGACUCAGUCCGGGCCAUUAAGAUUUACAAAGCUGGAAGCAGUUUGGAAGCUAUGGGCAGGGCACGCAGGCCUCCGCCAGGGGAGCACAGACACUGUGAGAGAUGCUUCAACCGGCACUGCCACCUUCCCGUGGAGCCCAGCGUCUCCUGCCUGGUGAUAAGCUGCCACCUGUCCUGUGGCGCUACCUUCCACAUGUGCAAAGAGGCAGAGCACGAGCUCCUCUGCCCUUUAGAGCAGGUUCCAUGCCUCAACUCUGAAUACGGCUGCCCCCUUUCCAUGCCCCGCCACAAACUGGCCAAGCACCUGCAAGUGUGCCCUGCCAGUGUGGUCUGCUGCUCCAUGGAGUGGAACCGCUGGCCGAACGUGGACUCAGAAACAACCCUUCAUGAGAACAUCAUGAAAGAGCCCCCCAGUGAGGAGUGCCUGGACACAGCCCUGGCCCUCCAGGACCAGAAGGUCCUUUUCAAAUCUCUAAAUAUGGUAGAACUUUUCCCAGAAACUAGAGAACCCACUGAGGAGGAACCAACCCUGAAUGGUGAAGCCAGCUGGGAGGAAACAGGAGGAGCUGUUGGUGGAGCGGAUGCUGGUCUGGUAACACUGUCAGCUGCGAACGGAGAGGGGGCAGAGCUGAGUCAAGAAGAAAGAGAGAUGUUAGCCAAAACCAAAGAAGGGAUGGACCUGGCCAAGUUUGACAAGUGGGAAAAUAUGUUCAGCAAAGAGCAUGCGGCUUCUGCUUUAACAAGCUCAUCAGUGCGCUGUGAGGGCAAGAGCAAGGACGGCCCAGAGAAAGAACAGAUUUCCAGUGGCAAUGACAUGGUAGAAGAGGGAGCAGCCAAGGGGAAAGAACCACAGGAAGAGCAGAAGCAGCAGGACUUUUCUGCAGCCAUAGAAAAGACAGGGCUUGCCCCUUGGCAGGAUGGGGUCCUGGAAAGACUAAAAACAGCUGUGGAUGCAAAGGACUAUAAUAUGUACCUGGUGCACAAUGGGAGGAUGCUUAUUCACUUUGGUCAGAUGCCUGCUUGUACACCUAAAGAGAGAGACUUUGUUUACGGCAAACUUGAGGCUCAGGAAGUGAAGACUGUUUACACCUUUAAAGUUCCUGUGAGCUAUUGUGGGAAGCGGGCUCGCCUCGGAGAUGCUAUGUUGAGUUGUAGGCCAAGUGAACACAAGGCAGUAGAUACUUCAGAUUUAGGCAUCACUGUGGAGGAUCUGCCCAAAUCAGAUCUCAUCAAGACCACCCUCCUGUGUGCUUUGGAAAGAGAACUCAAAGGUCAUGUCAUCUCUGAAUCUAGGAGCAUUGAUGGCCUGUUCAUGGAUUUUGCUACACAGACAUACAGUUUUGAGCCAGAGCAGUUUUCCUCUGGGACAGUGCUGGCUGACCUAACCAGUGCCAACCCGAACGGGCUCCAUGUGGAGCUCCACAGUGAGUGUGUCACCAGGAGGCACAACAAGAGCAGUUCUGCCUUUACUUUCACUUGCAACAAAUUCUUCAGGAGGGAUGAGUUCCCCCUACAUUUCAAGAAUGUCCACACAGACAUUCAGUCAUGUCUCAAUGGCUGGUUCCAGCACCGAUGCCCCCUUGCCUACUUGGGAUGCACCUUUAUUCAAAACCACUUCCGUCCUCCAGGGCAAAAGGCAAAAGUGAUCUAUAGUCAAGAGCUCAAUACCUUUGCCAUCAAGCCAGAGGUUGCUUCAGAGCUGAGUGAGAGAUGGAAGAACAGCCAUCUCUCAGGCCAUGGAGGAAAAAGCCAGAAUUCUCUAACCAGCCUACCCCUGGAGAUUUUGCAGUACAUUGCUGGGUUCUUGGACAGCAUUAGCCUGUCCCAGCUCUCCCAGGUGUCCGUGCUGAUGAGAAAUAUCUGUGCCACUUUGUUGCAAGAGAGAGGGAUGGUCCUCUUGCAGUGGAAGAAGAAAAGAUAUUCCCAUGGAGGCACCUCCUGGAGAGUUCACAGAAAGAUCUGGCAAUUCAGCAGCCUCUUCUCCAAAAUCAAGAGCUGGGAGUUUAAUGAAGUUGCCUCCAUGUCUGAGCACCUGAAGUCCUGUCCUUUCAACAUUGUAGAGCACAAGACUGACCCGAUUCUUUUGACCAGCAUGUGUCAGCCCCAUGAGCAGGCCCGAGAGACCUUAGUCUCCACCUUCAGAGCCAGAACACGAGGAAGACACGCCUACUAAAGAUUCAGAGGUCACCAUUCUUGAUUCCCACUCAGAGUUACUGAAAGUCGGACAGAGUGUGGUUUGGAGGACUUGCUUCUGUCAACUGUAAAUGUGCUUAUCUGGGUGUUUUGGAACAUGCAGUGGCCUUUAAAACCUGAGCAGUUGCACAAGGUCUAAAGCUUAUAUAACUGGUAUAGUGACAUGCUGAUAACCUAUCCCCCCUCUUUUUUUUUUUUUUUUUUUUCUAAAAUAAAUCAGUCUGCAAAGUAAAUAGGUAACUUGAGGCUAUUUGGAAGAUAAGCUCAAGUCCUUAGGAGACGAGCAGUGAAAUUCCAUAACCAGCCCAGACCUGUGCUUUUGUGGAGAGCUUUUCCAUUUAUAAGCACUUUGAAUGAUAUGAAGCAGCCAAGGUAGGGAUGGGGACUGAGGGGCCUCCCAGGGCACCUAGAGUACAGGGCACAGUUUGAAGAUUUUAUAGCUGGUGUUGUCUUGACAGCCAAGUCCAGGGCUUCUUUUAGUUGCCCCACUGCCUCUAAGCCCAGACAGUCUAAACACAGCCUGACAGAAUAGAGACCUAGGCUAAGAACAGCAGCCUUGGGGACACCAAAGACCAAAGGAUGAGUGGCAUAAAUGAGGUUGCAGAGUUUGUGGUAUAGAGUCUUGGCAACAUAUAAAAGGACAGCCUUGAAAAAUGAAGAAAAAUAUAAAGGAGAUACUAUAUUUAUGGAGAAAUUUUGGACAAAAAGCCACAGCUCACUUUCAAACAUUUUAACAGUGACUUAAGAGUCAAAGUUUUUUCCUCCGAAAAUUAUAGUCUAGGUCUGGAUUAGGGAGAGCACAGGCAUGGACUAGCGCCCCGCUGGGCUAUGUGAAAUGAUCUCAGAACACUAACACCAACUUCAGCGUCAUGCCAGCCUGCACAGUGUAGCCCAAAGAGACUGUGCAAAAGUCCAGAGACAAGGCCCACUGCAGUUCCUGUGGUACCAACCACCAGGUCCUAGACACCACUUGAGUACUUCAUGAGGGACCUUGGGAAGGAAGACAUCUGAACAUAGUGGUUCCCCAUAAUUGCUCUUACCUACUGCUGGUUAUGACUCCAUUCUGUCAAAAAUGGGUGACACUUCUGGGUUUUGGUAACAAAUAGUCAAUACUUAUGAGAACAAAAUAAGAUAAAAAUACACAACAGAAACUCGCAUCCCCUAAAGCAGGGUUUCAUAGAACUGUUGACAUUUUAGGCUAGAUAAAUCUUUGUCACGAGGAACUGUCCUGUGUGUAAUAGGAUAUUUAGCAAUAUCCUUGACCUCUAUCUGAUAGAUGUCAGUAGCACCCCACAGCUAUAAAAACCAAAAAUGUCUCCAGACAUUGCUAAAUAUCCUCUGGGAGCAAAAUCAAUCCUAGCUGUGAACCACUACCCUAAAGAACAACACACCAGUGGCAGUAAAAUAGGGUAUGCUUUUUUAGUAGAGCAAGAUCUUAUCUCACACAGUUAUCUACAAUGGUCAUGAUUUCAUGCAGCUCUUUUUUUAUUUACUAAAUAGAUUUCAGGCACAUGAUGAUUUUAAGCUAGGAGUCAAAUGGAGCUGGUUGUUUGGUGUGGCUUCACAUCCUUGGGUCAUGUGUGAAAAUACAUCCUUUUAGCUCUCCAGGUGCAGCUGAAGCCAGGAAGGUUGAGCUAUUUAUCUUAUGUUUAUAUCCCUCUCACCUUAAUUGGAGCCAUUUUCCUAGCAGCCCUCGAGCAAGUGAGAAAGAAGGGGAAAGGAGGAUGGGUAUCUCAGGGAAUCAGGGAACAAAGAAUUUAGCCAACAACAGCAAAAAAAGAGUCUAAUCAAUAGGAAUGUUUGUUACUGCCUGGGUCUCCCUUUGAACACGGUCCAGAGUUGGUGUAGAUGAAGUAGAUGGUAUCCCCCCAAGAAGGGUCAAGAAGGCAUUCGAGCAAGUCCCAGAGGGGAAGUAUGCUCGUCUUUUGUUGUAAUGUGCCACUUGGUACUAUUCAGUAAUGUAAUUCUAUUGUCCCUAAUCCUUAUUGUUUGGUUUAUAUAUUUCACAUUUGUAUAUAAGGCACCAUUUCUGAAAAUAUAACUAGAGUGUGAGCUAAGAUUUUAUUCAGGGAAGAUGAGUAACUGCAACAACUAAAUACUGAAGUGGGAAGAAGGAAGAGUUCUCCAGGGAUCAGCUCCAUGUGUUUUGAAUCUAGUCCUUCCCAUAUGGAGAAAGAAAUCUCUGGCAGUUCAUUCCAGUUUCUUUGUCUCUUACUAGACAAAGAAAGCAAGGGGCGCUGUUGUCCAAGGGAGAUGAAAAUUCGGGGCUACCGUGAGGUGAAUAACAAGUAAGGGAAAAGGAAGAGAGCAGAGGGCUUUUUCUUGAUAGCCUGGGCAGCCAAGCGUUCAGGAGGGCAGUCACAAGAAUGACCACAAUGCCCUGUGGGGCCCCACACUUUACUUUCCCAGUUGCUGCCUUCAGUGCAAUAGAGUUGAUACUACAGGUAUCCACUGGUCUAGGAAAACAAGCCCAUUUUACGGUGGGAGGGAAUUUGGAGCAAAAGGGAAGCCUUUUAGAGAGAUGGUGGAUUAGACAGAAGAGGAUUUGCUUUGUGAGAUGAAGCUGCUGUAAGCAGCACGAGCAGCGAGCAGCGAGCAUUAUCUGAUGGAGGCAAAACAGCUAGACACAGCUUCAGAUUAAGAGCAGCAGAGGGAAGUGAAAGGGGACUGUGGGCCCAAGAAGAGGAGCCUGGACGGGGUAAUAUCUGUGAGCCGAGCCCUUGGGGAGUAUCACCACCAAGAAAGUGAGUCCCAGCAGAGAUCAGCUGAAUGUGUCUAUAGAAUGGAGGCAGAAAAGACUUUGUUGCCUUAAUAGUAUGGGGAUCUGUCUUAUAAAGAAAGGAAAAGUGAAAAGUAUGGUGGAACUUGGAGAUGUAAGAAGAAAACCACUGCAAAAUAUGAUCUAUGUGUGAUGUCCAAUGAACUGAAGAAUGAAAUUGUGUAUAUCUAUGGUGACAUACCUCUGUAUGCUGGAAACCCCAGUGUCCCUAAGAGGCAGAAAUAAAAGCUGUUUUGCACUCUGAAA